AUGCACCCCCUCUCGGUCGUCAGCUUUGCCAUCUUCGUAGCCGGCUACAUCACCGCUCGAUGGGACCUCGUUACGCGCCUCUACGAGCUUGCCAUCUUUGCCUGGGACCACGGAGUCGUUCAACGCGCCGCCAAAGGGUUCGCUCUCUUGACCCUCCUUUACUGCUUCAUAUUCAUCCCCGUGGAACGUCUUGCGACGAGAGAGGCUACUCUGGCGGGGUUCGUUCUGAUCGCGCUGCACGAACUCGCGACUGUCAUGCAAGGAAGCGAUGGCUUGAUGAGGAUAUUUUGGCCCACAGACAUCCAGAGGUCAGAGCUGUCGGGCGUCGUUGUGGGCUGGCGCAACUCCCCUCUGGAUGUCUUUGUCGUUGCGGUGCUGGACCACGUCGACCCGGGCCAUGUCGAGUUCGCCUUCAAGGUCGGAACGCUGUUCCGUAACUCCCCUCAUCCCGUCAGCCAUAUCUACGAACGGUGCGGACAUGCCUCGAUGCAUGUGCUGGGACUGACGAACGCUGGCGAGGAUGUUGUGCUGGACCCUUUCCUCAUCUCAGCCGUGACAGCAAGCGGCUGCAGGGUGCCGCAGAUCACAUGCGCCAAGGCUACGAGUAUCCAGAUCAUUCUCUACGACCGACCUCUGCCCAGCAAGAUGCAAUACAUAUCGUUGCGACCGAUAUCGCUUGCUCUUGGGGACAACGCGCCAAGUGCCGAAGAAGUCGAAAGCGAAUUGGAGCACGAGCGCUUGGAGAACCGGCAGAAGGAGCAGAAGCGCAAGCUCGUCGAGAAGCUGAAGCAACACAUCAUAGUCAAGCGCUCGCCAUCGUUGAAGGAGAAGGCGUUGCCCAAGAUCAUCAGUCAGGUCAAUUGGGCUUACGAGCUUGAGCGCCUUCUUCAGAAGAACGUCUCACGCAUAGGAACCCGCCCUAAGCGAGCGCUCAGUGUGUCGGAGCGUGUGGCAGAGCACGCGGAGACGAUGAGGAACUACGUGUGGGAUCUCGUCGUGCUGUACCUGUUUCCUGUCAUCCAAUGGGGAUUCGUGUACAUGCUCAUGGGGCAUCGAGCCGUCGCCGAGGUGCUGCUGCGUAUCCUUGAGUGGCGUGCGCGACCUCACUACGCGGCCCUCAAGGACAUAUCGGCAACUGCGCAGCAAGUUGAGAUCCGGUUACAACAGUUUUGUUAUUGGCCGAUACAGUACAGGACACUUCGGCAGCGCAAGGACAACUGGGAGAGCAUCACCACAAGCCACCCGGACUACAUCCGCUUCUACAACAGCCUUUGGCUGGUCGCUAACGAUGUCAUAAUUGGCAUCGCCCUGGGUUCCUACAUCAUCGACAACGGAGAGUGGGUCGCAGGUUCGAUCGCGCAGUUGCUGCAGACGUACACCGUCGAGGCCUUGCGGAGAAGCAUCUCGUGGCUCAUGGGUUACCCGGCUGGCCUGAAGCUCAACCGUGAGCUGGCUUUGUUUCUUGGCGACCUGUUUCUCUGGGUCAUUGAGUAUUGGUCAGGGUGUAUUGUUAUCACCCAGAAGAUGCUUCCACAUGUCGUGUGGUUUGUCGGCUUCUCCAGUUUCGCCGGGGCGAGUAUGCCAAUCGCCGUGGUGUCCGACCUCCUUUCGCUUCUGACUGUCCACAUACAUUGUUUCUACAUGGCGUCUGCACGCAUUUUCCACUGGCAGCUGACCAUCCUCAUCUCGCUAUUCCAUCUCUUCAGGGGCAAGAAACACAACAUCCUCCGAAAUCGUAUCGAUUCUUGCGACUAUGACCUCGACCAGCUGCUCGUCGGCACCAUCCUUUUUACCGUCCUCUUCUUCCUCCUGCCGACCGUUGUUGUGUUCUACCUCAACUUUGCCGUGGCUCGCAUGGUCAUCAUCAGCUUGAAAGCGGUCCUCGACACUCUCCUAUCCUGCCUCAACCAUUUCCCUCUCUUUGCUCUGAUGCUGCGGGUCAAGGACCCCGGACGCCUGCCCGGAGGUAUCCGGUAUGAGCUGCGUAAUACUGUUGACGUGAGGUCUCAUCUCCAGACCUCUUCCCAAACCCCGACGUCCGUCAUCUAUCUCAAGCCCAUACCCCUUACCUUCGGCGCCAUGUUCCACCAGUAUUUCCAGAUGGGCAACCGCAUCCGCAAGCACUACCUCUCGCCGCGUGUGCUCUUCUCCCUCCUCACAGGCCAAUUCGUCCCGCCCAUCAAUCGAAGAAACCUGUAUAGCUUGCAGUACAGCAUGCUGCCGAAUCAACGCCCAACCAUUCGUGAAAUGUGGAACGCCGUCACAGCACCAUCACCAGGUGCGAAGAAACCGGUGCCCUUCAUCGUCAACGGGCGGCGGUAUCCUUCCGGACCCGGCGGCGGCGGCCGAGCAAGAUAUCAUUAG